AUUCAGUUAUCAUGUCCCAGGGUACUUUUUGAUAAAUACAUGUUUUUUGUCAAGAAAACCAUGUAUAUGUGAUGAAUGGUUAAGAUGUUUCUAUAUGUAACACGUUAAUUUUUUUUUAUCUGUUGCAGCUGUUCCUAAACAUGUUCUUUCAAUUCAUUUACUGUUAAUAUCACUCUCCUCUGUUUGCUCUGAUCCACUCUAUAUCAUAUGAAGCUUGUCAUCGAAACGUAGUAUGUGCCUAUGUUUGUUACAAAACACCAGUACCUGGUAGAAAUAGAUUCCUCAUAAUUUAUAAAAAGGACCCCAUAUAUAGCAGGACAAACUUUAAGUUUUGGGGAGACAACAUUUAUUUUGGAGUCUGGAAUAAGCUGUAAUUGGCACCGAGACCUUGACUAAUACAGAAUAUAAAUCUUAAUAGCUUUCUAUGAUAUACAGCAACACUUAAUGGAGUGUCUGGCCUUCUGGCCAUAAAAUUAAAUGUCACUGUCACUUCGUAAACCCUCAUUAUCAUACAAGAGACUGAACACUGACGUCACGCUUCUAAUAAAUAUACAAAUAACAUAAAGAGGUGCAAAAUGUGACUUUGUAAACAGCUGUCUCCACCUGUCCCCCAGUCUCUGAGCUGAUAGGAAAGUCUCUCUGACUCUGUCCACCUAUGCUGGACAUACUAAUAAACAAGGGCUUUAUUGCCUGACUAAAAGGACAGCACAAAUAUAGCAUCUUACCAGAACAAUGCCUCUAAAUAAUGUGCAUGAAUCAAUGUGAUUCAGUGACCCAUGGAAAAUUCUCUGCUGUCUUAAAUUGACUUAAAAUGUCAAACGGCUUAUAGGCUAUACGGCCUUAAACAUUUUAGCAUUUCCACUGAACCACUAUCCCAGUAAUUAUGCAGUUUUAUUAAGCAUUUUCGCUGCUUUGUAUGCAGCUAUAAUUGUGGAGUUUGUCUAUGGGCUCUGAGGAUUCAAAUGGCCCAAGAGUUGAAUUAACUGGUAGCAUUAAACAUUAGUUAUAUGGCUGCCCAGUUUCUCCACCUGCUCCCCUAUUGGAUGUUGUUGAGAGUGACAUCUGAAACACCUGCUUCGGUCCCAUUUACACAGUCAGUAAAACAGUCAUUCAAGCUGAAGAGCUGGUAAAACAUGACGGUGCCCUUGAAGCAAGGGCUACGGCACUUGUCUUUUUAUUGAACCUAUAAUUCACCUGUGACUGCCUGUUGAUUUAUCACAGUUAGAAGGGAUGGGGAUAUUGCUGAUGGCUGUUGUGACCAACAAAAGUGUGUGUGUGUGUGUGUGUGUGUGUGUGUGUCUACUGUGUGGCAUGUGGGAGGGGGGAAAGGCUACAGCUGGAAGUAUAUAACCCAAUUGGGACCAACACAGCAUGUACAAGUCGCCUUUCAACCUCAGGAGCUCCGUGCAAAUCAGAGCCACUUGACCAACAACAGCCUCCUAUAGUGAUGAAGUGUAACCAUCUCUUCUCCUGGGCCUUUCUGCUCGUGGCCUCUGGCCCACUACUGGCCCACCCCAUCACAGAAUCUGCUGAGAUGCCCUAUCCAGGACCUGUAUCAGUGGAAGACAGAGGAGUCGGCACUCUGGAUGAUCUGUCUCUCUCUGAGCAAAUCUUCCCCCUUCAGGAUGGUGCUGGACUCAGAUAUUCCACUCUGAUAUCUGGGGAGAGCAACAGAGAUGGGGUCAGAACAACAGGCUUGCUUCCUAGGGGGAUGAAAAGAGAGGUUCUAUUGGAGAAACAAAGUCUCCUAAAUCCUUUGAGCCGUGUGCUGGGCUUCCGGAAGCAGUUUAGGAAGAGAGCAGGGAAUUCCGAGUGUUUCUGGAAGUACUGUGUCUAAAACUGUCAUCGGGCAUUGAUGCUACACAAGAAGACAGGGCUUGCACUAAAACAAAAAUCCCUUCCUUGCACUCACAUAAGUACAUGCAGACAAAAUAAGAAACAUCAUGCAUGCAUAUACUGUAUGUGCGCAUAUGCAUGCCUCGUGCAUGUACUCCCACAUACACACUCACAUAUGUAAGUCAGUAUUUGUUCACAAAGAACAUUGCCAUAGGUAUGAUUGAGACUUGUUGUUUGGGGACCUUAAAAUGAUUUAUUUCGAUUACUUUUUUGUUGUGUGAAACUAUAUUUGUGUACACACAUUAGUGAAAAGUCCAUAGUUGUCUGAUGUAUGACCAAAUGUCUUUUAAAUGUGAAAGUCAAAGGUUCUACAGCACUGUAUGUUUAAUAGAAAU